AUGAGAAAGCCUGCUCAGCUCCGGCGCAUUCAGUCGCCUUCAAAGUUAUUAUCUGAUCGUGGAUUACAGUGUCAACGCCAGAACCCUCUUUUCCCUCAACCAAAGCAAACAUCCAGACGCAGUUUUACUGUUCCAAGCAAGCACCUGAACCCACCACCAGCUUUCGCCUCAUCCUCUAUUCAUCAAGUGCCAUCUCCCCCUCGUCGCAUUGUUGUAGGGAUCACCGGGGCCACAGGAGCACCAUACGCCAUCGCUUUGCUGCGACUUCUGCGUCAACUUGGCAUAGAGACGCAUGUUGUCAUUAGUAAAUGGGCGCUAGCGACUCUCAAGUACGAGACGACCAUGACUGAAGAGCAGAUCCGUUCACUAGCAUACGCCAAUUACACUGCAAGAGACGUUUCAGCCCCCAUCGCAUCAGGUUCAUUCCAGCAUGACGGUAUGGUCAUUGUGCCCUGCAGUAUGAAGACACUAGCAGCUAUAAGAAGCGGCUACUGCGAUGAUCUCAUCUCCCGGGCGGCGGAUGUGACCUUGAAGGAGAAUAGGCGAUUACUCAUGGCUGUGCGAGAGACACCGUUGAGUGAUGUCCACUUGGACAACAUGCUGUUCCUACGGAGAGCUGGGGCUAUCAUAUUUCCGCCUGUUCCUGCGUUCUACACCAACCCUGACAGUCUGGAGGAUGUAGUCGACCAGAGCGUAGGCCGCAUGUUGGACUUGAUGGGAAUUCACACAGAUGGAUUUGAGAGAUGGGACGGGUUCAAGAAGAACAAGUCAGUAGUGAGACCAGCGCAGGCUAACAUAGCAUUUCAUGUCUAA